AUGGAUUUUCGACACAAGUUUCUCGCACAUUUCUCCCGACAGCGCAGGCACACCAGAGACCCAGCAGAUUGUCUGAACAUCUGGAGGAAAGAUCAUGAAAGUGUUGAAGACUUCAUCACCAGAUACAACAAGGAGUGCCUAGAAUUUGGGGAUGUAGGGGAGAACAUGAUGCACGCACACUUUAUGAGGGCUGUAAAAUGUGAUGAUCUGAUCAAAAGAGUUAAAGGAAGAAAUGGGGGUCCCAAAGAUUGGGAUACUUUCAUCGAAGCAGCGAAAACAAUUGCAAGAACUGACAAACAACUGACCAGCGAUGAUAGUCAUCAGUACAACUAUAGCCAGCAUGACAGACGCAACAAAAAGGGUAAGGGUCAACCCUGGAAGCCAUCUGGCUACAGAGAAAGAAGUCCACCAACCGAGGACGCGCGCGCAACCAUCAAUCAAAUCAGUCAUCGCAAAGAAGUUAAAAAAGAAAACAGGGAGAAACAAUGGACCCCUCUGACAAAAACCCCUUCCGAAGUUCUGUCAACGGAGAAUCACCAGUUCAAACCCCUUCUGCAGAUGCGCAAUAAGAGGGGACAAGAUCCAAACCUCUUCUGUGAAUUCCAUAAAGAUAUAGGUCACUUGACGGAUGACUGUAUCAGUUUAAGGCAAGAAAUAGAACGAGCUUUGAAAGGCGGUAAGCUCACCCAUCUGGUCAAAGGAAAAAGAGACAACCGCCAAAUCCAAAGAAUGGAAGAGGGUCCAGAUAACAAAAAGCUUCGAAAGCUAGAAACACACAUGAUUCAAGUGGGCCCGAGAAGACCCCGAAAAAAUUAUAACAAGCGCGCCCAAGACGAUUCUUGGCGCGAAAGGCAAGUUGUUUUCCCAGUAGUCCGAGGAGGACCAAGAGAGCGGAGACCCAUAGUCAUUCCUGGGGUAUUUGGUCAUUACCAGACUUAUUACAUUUUUAUAGAUCCAGGGAGUACCGCGGAUAUCAUUUAUGAGCAAUGCUUUAAUCAAUUGGACCAAGAAGACAAGGCGCGCUUAGAGCCAGUGGAUUACCCAUUCACUGGUUUCUGCAACGAGGCCGUUUUCCCUCUUGGUCAGAUAUCGUUCCCGGUGCUGCUCUCCGAUGGAAAGAAUUCAAGAACGGAAGAAGUCACGUUCAUGGUUUUACCAGCAAAUUCAAGACAUGAUAUCCUUUUGGGAAGGGAGUCCCAGGGAGAUUUUAGCAUGAUUUGUUCUGGGCCACGCUCAGCUGUUGGUUUCCCAACAGAAACAGGGAUAGCCAUAAUUUAUGCAAGCAAAGAGGUCCUUGCGUCUGAUGAAUCAGACCAGCAAAAACAAGCAAGCACACACCGCGUGCAGAACCCGAAAAAUGGAUACUAA